UUUUGAGUUUGGGCAAGGACACAGGGGCCCCAUGAUCCCCCAUUGCCCAGGGGCCCCAUGAGUUGUCAGUCCACCGCUGGUAGUAAGCAAUGAUGUCAGAAGUGACAUCUUGCUUACUACUCUUCAUGUGAUCACUAAUUGGCCAAUCAGUGAUCACAUGAAGAGUAGUAAGCAAGAUGUCACUUCUGACAUCAUUGCUUACUACUAGUGAAAUCUGUGAAUGAUUACAGAGGUUACAUGGUACAAGGCUAUUCACAACAGCCUUGUACCAUGUGUCAAGCUGUGACCAAUCACAGCUCACACAGUAUUUCUCAAUGGCUGCAAGAAUGCAGCCAGAGAGAAGGAGAAAUGGUUGCUUUUACAGCCUUUAUGGGUGUAAAAGCAAUCAGUGUAAAA